AUGUCGAACCCACGCGUUGAAGAGCUCCCAGAUGAGGAGCCUACGAAGCAAGUCGCCGCUGAGGAGGAGGGAUCCGACAGCUCUGACUCUGAGGUUGAGACGGGUGAAGGCCUGCCUGCUGGAGCUGGCGCCGUUGUCCACUCCCGCAACGAGAAGAAGGCCCGCAAGUCAAUUGCCAAGCUUGGAUUGACCAAGGUUCCUGGCAUUACCAGAGUCACUCUCCGCAGACCAAAGAACAUCCUCUUCGUCAUCAACAACCCCGAAGUCUACAAGUCGCCAAACAGCAACACCUACAUCGUCUUCGGUGAGGCCAAGAUCGAGGAUCUCAACUCCCAAGCCCAGGCCUCUGCCGCUCAGCAGCUGGCUGCCCAAGAGUCCCACGACCACGCUGGACAUGACCACGCUGGCCACGACCACGCCCACGACCACGGCAAGGGCAAGGCCGUCGACACCGGUGACAAGAAGGAUGAAGACGAGGAUGAGGGAGAGGAGGUUGAUGCUACUGGUCUGGAGGACAAGGAUAUCGAGUUGGUCAUGACCCAAGCAAGCGUCUCGCGGAACAAGGCUAUCAAGGCACUGAAGGAGAACGACAAUGAUAUAGUCAACUCUAUUAUGGCUCUAAGCAUAUAG